AUGGAGCUUAUCGAGCUACCAGUGCCCACCGCUACGGCGGGCGCUGUGGUCAUCAAAGUUCUAGGAGCGAUGAUAGCUCCGUUCGUGAGAGGUAUACACGACGGAAGCAUCGCGGUCUACAACCUUCACCUACCAUUGGUACCCAACCCUAGUAAUAUCGGUCGUGUGCACUCGGUUGGUCCGGAUGCGGUCCGCUUGAAGGAAGGGGAUUUAAUCUACUUUGAUCCACUAAUCAGGGGGCGAGAUGAUAGCUCGGUAUUCAUCAUCCAAGGUCACCAUGGAGGUCAAGGUCCUGCAGGAAAAAAGUUGAUGCAGGGAGAGUGGCGAGAUGGCUCCUUACAGAAAUAUCAGAAAGUCCCACUCGAAUGCUGCCAUCUGCUGGAUGAGAAUCGGCUACUAAAACAGCUAGGCUACCAUCCCGCGGAGCUUCAAGAGAUCACUAUCCAAGCCAUGUGCGUAGCAGCAUUGAUUGAAGGCGCCGACUUAAAGGCGGGUGACACUGUGAUCAUUGGUCCUACCACUGGUACUUUUGGUGGUACAGCUUGUGAAAUUGCGUUACUUCUGGGUGCUCAGGUUGUGGCACUUGGUCGGGACACGAAAAAGCUGGAAAGUCUUGCGCAACACCUGGGAAACACCGACCGUUUUAAAUACGUUGUCAUGACAGGAGAUGUACAGAAAGACACUGCUGCCAUCAAAGGUGCAACGCUCCGAGGUGAAGGAGCAGAGGUGUUCAACGAUUGGGCGCCAGGAAUAUUGCAAGACUCACCUUACUGGACCGCCGCAUUUCUCGCGUUGAAGCCCAGGGGCCGAGUUGUGCUUAGCGGCGCACCCUCUGGGAACGUCUCCAUUCCUUAUGCUUUGGCCAUGCAUCAUUGCCUCAGUAUAAACGGGCAAGCGAUGUGCAGUCCACAGACCAUAGAUCAGACAAUUCGGUUGGUCGAAGCAGGAACACUGAAGCUGGGCCGAAAAAGUGGAGCGGAGAUCGCCAUCUACCCACUGGAUCGUUACCACGAAGCAGAAGAGAAUGCUGUCCAAAAUGGGGGUUUUAGAAACUACACCUAUGUAACCCCGAACGUUGAAUAA